GGCAUUCAUCCAGCUUUCUUUUCACGCUAGGUGUCAGUGUUAACUUACCUGUUCUGUAAUCUCAGGUGUAGUCAUGCUAUUGUCCUUGUGGAUACACCUGUAUUUAGUUCUCAGUUACAACUUCUGGUCAAAAGGUCAAGACAGUAAUGGCAAAUAAUGAUUUGUAUGUUGACCCCUAAUGGUCUGUAAGUAUUUAUCUUGUGAAAAACCUUAUCUUUUUGCCCUCGAUUGCAUCAAAUAAACCUGGAAGAACCAGCUUGGUCCUUGCUAAAAUGUCUGCUACAUUUUUUUCAAUACCCAGAUUUCUCUUUCAUCUUAGUUUUGACUAAGACAGCCUUGAAAACCUGAAAGAUAGUGGAUGGAUGGUAACUUCAUUAUUCAAAAUUAAAUGUGCUGGGAUCAUUCCAGUUGGGCUUUUAUCUUCUCAAACUGUAAAUAAUUAGCUGACUAGCAGUAAUUCAUACGGUGUCUUGUAAGUUCAUUUGUUAAUGUGUUACUUGAGCAUAUUUAUAGAUUAUUCGAAGGCAUGUGGCUAUUUGCCUUGUUUCUUUUGGUUUACAAAAGUUUUUUUAAAGUUGCCUGUGUUUCAUCUGAGGCUUUGUAAUGCCGACCAUAAUGUAAAUAUCCUGGUGGUUGAUACUGAUCUCGGGUAUCAGGAGGUAGGGUCAUUUCUCUGCCUGCAGCUGUGACAGUAACCACAACCCGUCUUCUUGGAUAAAAAGCUUCAGUGAAGGUAUUGUGUUUAGUAAUAACAAAUAGUGUGACAUGAUGAGCAAUGGAGUAAACACCGCUCUUUUUAUCUCUUUAGCUUCUGUAGAACCUAUUACUCUGUUACUCUAUAAAUUAACAGUUGUUUAUUUACAUUCUUUUUAGUUUAUUUUUAUUUCAGGGUUUUAGCUGUGAGUUUGUUACACUGUCCUUUCUUCAAUAACACCUUUGUCCAAGGGAGGAGAAGCUGCCAAGUUUGGUAUUUUGGGACCUUUAACUCAAAGGAGGCAGCAGUUGAGUUUGAGGCCUAAGGCUUUACUGAAAUAAAGCUGCACACAUGCAGAAGUUGUAGCUGCUGUUGAUGUGAACACUCUUGCCAAUGAUGUUUAUAAGCACAACUUUCCCAGCACACCGUUAUGGGCAAAAACUAUUGAGAACUGGCCUGCAAGGUGACGUGUCCGAUCCACGGACCAAGAGCUUUCUCUAUAUCCUUGAUAUUCUCCCAAGGCUUCAGAAGCUUCCAAAAUACCUACUUUUAGAAAACGUUAAAGGGUUUGAAUCCUCUUCUGCGAGAAAUGAACUUUUGCAAACACUAGCAACAUGUGGAUUUAAAUAUCAGGAAUUUCUCUUGUCUCCAACCUGUCUUGGCAUUCCCAAUUCCAGGCUGCGGUAUUUUCUAAUUGCAAAACUUCAACAAGAACCAUUUUCCUUUCAAGCUCCUGGUCAAAUAUUGACAAGAUUCCCAGAUCGGGAUCCAGAAGGUGUACUCAAGGAAAAAGUCACUGACAAAGUGGGUGAAACCAGUUCUUCUUUGUCCUCUGAGGAGAAGAAUCUGGAUCCAAACAUUGGUCCAGAUUCCAGCAGCAAGAGUCUACCAAAAGGGCCUUUUCUGUUUAAGCUUGAAACAGUAGAAGAAAUGGAAAGGAAACAUAAUCAGGAUAAUGAUUCCUCUAUUCAAAUGCUAAAAGACUUCUUGGAAGAGGAAAAUGAAGAAAUGAGUCAAUAUUUCUUACCACCAAAGUCCUUACUGCGCUAUGCUCUCUUGUUAGACAUUGUUAAACCCACCUGCCGGAGAUCCACGUGCUUUACAAAAGGGUAUGGACACUAUGUAGAAGGGACUGGCUCAGUUCUGCAAACAGCAGUAGAUGUACAGCUUGAAUCAGUGUUUAAACACAUUGACGAAUUACCAGAAGAAGAGCAGCUUAUAAAAUUAUCAACACUAAGACUGAGGUACUUCACCCCAAGAGAAAUAGCAAAUCUUCAUGGAUUCCCUUUGGAAUUUGGUAUGUGCUGCAAAAUACACACUUCUACAUUAUUCUUCAGAAAUGCCAAGAUAUAUAUUUUUUUUUUACUGGGACUAAUCCAAUCUUUAUUUUGCAUUUUUUUUCAGACCACUCAGUUCUUAUGAUUGAUUUAUUCUUGUUGUUUGGCUAACUGAAUGUCUCUAAAAUUCCACUAGUUUUUUUCAUGUUUUCUAAGAGCCAGCUUCUGUGAUGAAGUUUAUCUUCAUAAGCUAAGAAGAAGGUUUUGGCAUGCAAAAUGCUCUGUUAGUGAAGCACAGUGAAGGAAUACCUUUGUUUAACGUUGAAACUAUUUAUUCAGCAGUCAGUAUUACUCACAACUGUGGUAAUCAACAUAGGCUAGCUUAGGAAGUCUGUUUGUGGUUCUCAGUGUUUGAACUGCUUGCUUUCUCCCUUCCACACAUGUACAGCUGCUGACAGGGAAUUUCAGAUGCUACAGAUAUUUCUUUGUUGAGGAGUAACCAGUUUACUAAGCCAUCUCUAUUUUCUAGAGAAGGCAGCCCUUGGUCAGUUUCUUCAUUUUCUAAGUGGUUGUUUUUUUUGAGGAAGGAGUCAAGGAACAAGACCCAGCAGUAUCAGUACACUGGAUACACAUGAACAAGAAUUAAACCUGAAGUAAAUUCAUCAGAAUUCUCCUUGUUAAAAAGGGCAAACAGGAAAGUGUAGCUGUUACUGUCUGCUAAGAAACUGUCCUGUUGACAUCACAUCAGAUCAAUUUAUUGUCACUCAGCAACAGAAGAAUAUAUAGAAUCAUGGAAGAGUUUGUGUUUGAAGAGACCUUAAAGAUCAUCUUUUUCCCCUUCCACUAGACCAGAUUGCUCAAAGAAUAAGACAGCACUGACCUUGAGUAAUUUGUUAUCUUUUGCUUUGACUUCCUUAGUGACUUAGAGUUCUGAGAAAUGUGACUUGUUUCUGUGUAUUUCUUUCUUUCACAGAUGUAGUUUGUUUUUUAUUUAUUACUUGUUAUAUUCAAAAUUGCUACAUUUGGAUAACAUUAUCAAGGUUGCACAGUGAAACUAGAGCUGCCAGCACUAAGCUUACAUGUUUCUGAGUUUGCAAGUGUGUGCUGUGUUCUUACAUACCAACAUGCAAUGUUUUUUUCAUGGCCUCUUGUCUUUAAUGGUUCUGUUCUAUUUGCAGACAGCCUCUUAGCACAGCUCUGUUUCAUAUUCAUGUAGACUGAUGACAAGAUAUUUGAACUUAACAGAGCUGGAAUGGGCUUGUAUAGGUUUAUCAUGGUGCUCAA